UUACAAGAAAUUGCAUAGACUUCCCUUGAAGGGGUGGGCUCUGCUUCUCUGAAAAUGGCAUUUCUGAGGCACAGAAGAUGCAGCAUUUAUUUUGAAGACUUACUUGCCAAGAAAAUCCUGUGCUUGGUUGAUACCUUCUGUCUCCAGUUCUAGGCAAGUGUGGGUUUGCUGGUUUCUGCAUCAGAGGAUUCUGGUGCUGUGGGGGCAGGCUGGACAGGGAGAUUCACCCAUCAGGUUGAAUGAUCUGCCUCACAGACGUCUCUGGGUCCAGAUCAGGAAUGUUUCUUGUUGCUACUCAGCUGACAGAAUUCCUGCAAAUGUGCAUUUGCUUCAUUCUUUGCUUGUAUUGCAAGCUCACACAACAAGAAGACAUGAAUUUUGUCCUACAAUAAAUGCUUGGUAGAAGUUCUUUCUGAAUACCACUCCAACACAAAUAUAAAAGAAGUUCCCUCAUUCACUUUUACUUCUCUUUAUGUGAAAUGAAAACAAGCAGCUCUACAGUAAGCAGAAGACUAUGAUCUGAAUUAGGAUCAAGCCUGCUGGCAAAGGACAGUAUGAACAUGAAAGAGACUUUCAUCCUGCUGCUGAACCUGUAUUUGGUCUUCAGUGUUCAAGCCAUUCGAGAGAGCACCCCUAUGAAAAGCUUGAGCUGCUUGAAUGACUACAAUUCACAGGUCACCUGCACGUGGAUGGAGCAAUCAGAUGCUCAUGACCUUGUUGGUAUGAUUCUUUACCACAGGGAUGAUGUUAUAAUGGAGAACAAGGAGAUGUAUUGCAAACGCCAGACAGAAAAUGACUUACACGAGACUCCUGAUGUGUAUGUGCGCUGGGUUUGUCGCAACUCUACAGACUAUUUUGGAAUGGGGGUAGAAGAUAUUUAUGGCUUCAAACCUAACAAGAUGCUUCAAGCAGAACUAAAUGUUGAUCUUUUCCAAAAUGUCCAGCCCCAUCCUCCUCAGAACCUCUCAGUCAGCUUGAUGACAUCAGGAGACUUCUUGCUGACCUGGAAAACAGCUGAUGAAAGCCAAAUGCUGGGCAAUGCACUGGAGUAUGAAGUCACUUACAAGCGGGAAUGGGAGUCCUGGGAGGGAGCUGCCUCACUCUUGCUCUCCAACACCACUCACUGCAAUCUCAGCCGUGAGGACCUCGUCCCAGGGAGCAGCUACAUUGCCCGUGUGCGAGCCAGACCGGGGCAGGCCAGUGGCUUCUCUGGGCAGUACAGUGAGUGGAGCAUGGAGGCAUCAUGGAAGACCCCUGAAGGUAGUAUAGGAUGGAGAGGGGUUGUGCAGGGUUGGAAGCUCUGGCUGAGAAGCCAGACCUUUCCUGUCACUUGUUUCAUUGAAGGUGGCCUUCAGCCCAGGAACCUUCGCUGCCUCUUCAAUGGUGGAGAUCGUCUGACCUGCAGCUGGGAAGUGAAGAAAGCGAUCACCACCUCUGUCCUCUUUGGCUUGUUCUUCAGGGCCACUCCAUCAUCAGAAGAAGAGGAAUGCUCUCCUGUGCAUGAGAAGACUUUGCCCCACAUCCCGUAUGUGGUGCAGAGCUGUGAGAUCCUUGUUAGCAAUUCCAGCAGCCAGAGCCAGUACAAGGUGUCUGUCCGGGCCAAGACGGAGGAGAAACUGAUUGAAAGCUACAAGAACAUUCAGGUGCUGCCGCCUGCAAACGUGUCAGUAAAAGCAACAGAGAACCAAGAGUAUGAACUGAGAUGGGUAAAACACACUAUGGGAUACAACUUCAUAACACAGAGAUAUCAAGUUGAAUACUGGGAAAACAACCAAUAUGAAAAGACUCUCCAGAAGUUAAAUAUCAGCAAUGACGAACCUCCUUUCAUCUUCACUCUGCAGAUGCUGGCAGCAUCUACAGAAUAUAGGGGGAAAAUGCGUGCAAGGGUGAAUAUGCCCCUGGAUUAUGAGGGGCCUUGGAGUGAAUGGAGCGAGGAGUUCACCUGGAAGACUGAGAAUGUUCUGCCACCAGUGGUUCUCCCAGUGAUGCUCCCAGCUCUCAUCAUCACUUUGCUAAUAGUUGCUUGUUGCAGCUAUAAAUAUUUCCUCAGGAAGAAGAAAAUGUGGGAGGAAAAUAUUCCAAACCCCAGAAAGAGUCUCCUGAUCCAGAGCUACGUGGGGAAACCACAGUUGGGAAACUGGCCAACAAGCAACCAGCUGGACUUCAACAAAUACAACCCUUCAGAGAAGAUGGAGCAGGCUAGUUUCCUUCAAGUUCUGGACAGGCAGGUGAAGACUUUGGCAGAGUGCCCUGAAGGGCAGACUGAAAAGAUGGAUGUUUCCCUUGUUGCACCGGAUCUACAGAACUCAUACCAUGCUUUAAAUGAGGCAGAGCAUGCCCCAGUUUUCUGCUCUAGUCAGAUUGCUGGUCAUUCCUUUCCUGUUUCAAGGAAAAACAGUGCUGACGCAAGUAUUGCUUCCCACACAGCAAUCCCUUGCUUUGCUUUCAAUGGUCCAUACUUGUACAAUCCAGUGAUGUCCUCCCACCCUGAUAUACAUCAGUCCUUGGAACUGGACCAGGUGGGACUCCGUAAGAAAUCAGUUUCCCUUCAGUAUGUGACUCUCCCAAGGGAAGACUGUCCUCAGGCUCCACAGAGGCAAGAAGAACCAGGAGCAGGUCCUCCAAAGCCCUACCUACUCACAGAUCAGAAGGAAAUGAUGCAGCACCUCAGCGAUAAGGAAGAAGUCUCACCGGCCCCACCAGCCUGUAGGAAAGGCACCAAGAGGGAAACAGAAGAAGAAAGCUCUCCAAAAGCUCUCAGCUGUACCACAUCUCCUCAGCAGUGUCCCUUGGAGUACAUCACCACAGAGAGCCUGUUACUGCCAUCAGCCAGUGCCUCCACCCAUCCUCCACUUGUCACUGCUGGGGAGUCACCUGGUGGCUCACAGAAGCCCCAGCCCCUCGGUGACCACUCUUGCCAUGAGUUUUCUCCUGGGAAAACUGGUGUCAUGGUCCAAGUUUCAGGUCAAGCACCAACCUCUUCUCCUGAAUUGCACCUGGAGAGGUUUGGAGACUAUCUUACUGUGCCUUUAGGCCUCAACAGACAUUCAGAAGCCACAAAGAUUCCUUUGCCUGUCUUACAGAAGGAAAAUGGUCUUCCUAGAAAGCAGCCGUUGUCAGAGGGUAACUUAGUGGUGUUGAACCCUGACAGCACUGAGCCAGUUUUCCUUUGCCAGGUUGGUGACUAUUGCUUUCACAGCCUAAAACCCAGUGUGAAGAUGGAUAGUGGUCAAGAAGACCAACAAGUCAAGAAACCUUCUGAGGGCAAGACAACACUUGGGAAGCCUGUAUCUGAUGAUGACUCCAUCACUGGCAAAGAAAAGGAUGUAUCAAAAAUGCAGGCUAUUCAGCUUUUCAAAAUCCUGAAAUCAGAUGACUACUUUUCCUGGCAGCAAUCUUUGAGGAUCAAAGAAAUCUGUUAAAUGGGCAAAUACUAA